AGAGAGUAGCAGUGUGUAUGGAGUAGGGAAAAAAAAAGUAAUUCGCGUGUAAAUCUCAUCUCGUCAUAUUAAAAAUGAUGAUCACCGCCACCAGAAAGUGGGUCACUUUCGAUUGCGAUAAUUUCCUCUUAUCGCUGGGCUUUUUCACAUGGACUUUUUAUUUUUGAGCUUCCUCACACCCAAAAAUAGUUUUCUCAGAGUGGCGCUCGCGAUAUAGUGUGUCAGAGAGGGAGAGAGCUAGGUGACCAAGAGAGAGAGAGUGAGUUCAUGAAGGAGUGAGAGGAUUUGAUAAGAAGUUUCAGUAGGUUUGAAUGAGAAGGGAUGAUUGGUGGUGCAUUGGGUGCUCAAGAGUUGAUAAUUUCCAAAGUAAGAGAAAAGAGAGAAAGGAGGCCAAAGUUCAGAAAUCGAUGACGGAGGGUUGUCAGUGGUUUUCGGGAAGAACUAUGCCUUUGACACAUUUUUCUCCAUCGUGCUUCUAUCCUCCACCCAAUCCUUUCAGGCUGCACCAGAGGUCGCGGUCUGUGGUGGCCACGGAUGGCGUCUACAAUAAUUCCUACUUCAUGCAUGCAGCCACAUCGCAUGUUGGGAAUACGGUCCAGCUACUGACCCGAUCGGGGGUCACCUUUGAAGGGAUAUUCCGGACAUUUUCACCACAAUUUGAGGUGGUUCUCGAGAUGGCACAUCGCGUUGAGGCGCCUGAAAAGGAGGAGGCCAACUUCAAUGCAUCCACAGUGGUGGACACAUUAAUAUUCAAACCGACCGACAUUGUCAGUAUUCUAGCCAAAGAUGUUGACUUAGAUUAUGCCACUCGGGACUACUUCCAGACGGACUCUGCUAUAUCUUCACGAUGCAACGGUUCAUCACGAGGAGAAGAUAAAGAGCUAGAGCCAUGGGAUCCAACCAGUGGAACAGUAAAUGGUGAGAUGGAGUUCCUCCUUGAGCUAGAUGGCAACGCAAAUGGUUGGGAUGCAAAUGACAUGUUCCACAAGAAUGAGACAAUGUAUGGUGUUCAAUCAACAUUUGAUCAAUCCCUGGCAGGCUAUACAAUGCAAAUCCAGAAGAAGGAUACACAAGAUUUCAAGGAUGCAGAGGCAAAAGCUGAGGAGAUAGCUAAAGAAAUUGAAAGCCAUCCAGCACACAAUGAGCGUGUGGAUGUUGAAAAUGGUGACGAAGAGGCGGCCUUUGCGGCCGUCGAGAGGGAGAGACCUAGCACAAGUAGUCCCGAUGCCAAUAUGCAGUCGAAGGGACCGUCAACGAAUACACAGAAAUAUGUGCCUCCAGCUAAACGCAAGGGACAGUCAACUGGUAAACUCGUGCGAAGUACACCACCGCCAAGUAAUAACAAUGGUCCACAGAUACCACAGAGUCCACAGGCACCACACAAGAAUAACAAUUACCAGGCUAUACCAAUGGUCCAGCCGCCGCCACAGCAGCAGCCGCCACCACAGUCACAGCAGCAACCCCAAAUAAGUGCGACUCCACAACAAUAUAUUCACACCCAACCACCAUAUAUGCACAGUCAACCUCCUCCAAUUGUGGUGGGCUCUAAGAUGAAUGGGGAUGGCGCAAAUGUUCCCAGUGGGAAUCAACAGAAAGCUCAAAUGCCUCCAAGGAAUAUUCGGCAGCAAUAUGCGCCAGCGGCUGCACCUCAAGUCGCCUAUACUGAGCCACCACCAUCGAUGGUGGGGCCACAGGCGAUGCCCAACCCGAUGCCGAAUAUGGGAAAACCACCGAUGCACGUGGCUCAUCCCCAUGCUCAUGUUGUGACCACUCACAUGGCACCACCGCCUGGUCCGGGUGAGGCUAUGUCACCACCGGGGAUUGUGCAUCAAAUUAUUCAGGUGCCGCCAAAAUUGGUGUCAGCGCCACCUCAGCCACAAAGGACACCACGCUCACGUGAGGAACAGGUGCAGGAGUUUAGGAACUUCAAAGAGAACUUCCACUUGGCACCAUCAUCUGCGCAUCAGCAUCCACAGCCGGAUCACUCGCCACCGCAGAUGCAGGUGCCUCAGCAGCCACCACCGCCACAGCCACAACAAGUGGGUGUGAUGGAGAGCCCAGCAGCAGCAAAAUCUCAGCAUCAGCCGCCGUCGCCGCCGCAAGAAAUGCAACAGAUGCCGCCGCAACAGCAAAUACCGCCACCUCAGAUAAUAAAUACGCAGGCCAUGCAACCGGCCGUUGUGGCCACACAGCCACCACAACAGCCGCCGCCGCCGCAGCAGGUGCCGCCGGCUCAGCAGCAACAGCCGCCACUGGCCGUAACUCCGUCGUCUGGCGCCCCGUCAGCCUCCACGACGCCGCCACAGCAGGUGCAACAGAGCGGCGGGGUGACGGGUGGGGCCGCGACGGGCGAGGCGGGCUCGGGUGUUGCAGAGAAGCCGGCCGGAACGAAGAAAUUCGUACUUAAUCCGGCUGCAAAGCCAUUUACGCCGCGCAGUCCCAGCACGCCCAAUCCCUCGCGGCCACACACACCCCAGACGCCGGGGCCGGCGAUUGUUCAAGGUGCUGCCACGGCGGCGGCUGGAGGAUAUCCCCAGCCAGCUCAGCAUGUGGCCACAGCCCCAACGUCCCUCAUGACGAUUCCCACUUACGUGGUGCCAACGCAGCAGGGACCCUUUCAGACUUCACAGCACCACCAUGCUGGACAACAGAGUAGAUAUCGCAAAACGGCUUCAGAAGUGGGAUACAGUUCGAGUGCACCGAGAUGGGAUCGACGGAACUUGUCGUAUCCAGUUCAAGCAUCGCAAAUUCAGGUGCAAGCUGCUACUGGUACACCUAUUUUGGCGGCAGCUCCCAUUCAACAGUUUAUGCCCUAUCCACAAACUCCGCAUCACCCACAGCAAUUCCAUUCACAACCUUAUCAACACGUGAUGCGAAUGUAUCCCGAAGCACCACAUCAACCCCCACUUCAAUACUUGGCACCGACGCCACCCUCGACAACGCCAUCACCCGGACAGCCCCAUCAGCAGUAUCAUCCACAGCCAUCCCCCGCUGGCGGGGGACCGCCUGCGUUUACGCCGGCUGGACCGCAAACUCCGCAGUUCCAGAUGGUGUGCCCGGUGCUCACGGCGGCGCCACCCCAGCUGAUGCCCCCGUACUUCCAGGGCACGGGUCAGCCGCCACAUGGUAAUAUUCAUGUUCUGAUGGGACAACAGCAUCCGGCGCAGUAGCAUAGUGAGAUGGGGGUGGUGGGGCGCAGCGGGGCGACGACGACGGUGGCGGCAGGCGGCGGAGUGGCAAUGGUGGCGAGUGCAGGCGGCGUCGGCGGCAUGAAUGUUGUGGCGGCGAAUAUGGGAAGUCAAACGAAUGGUGUGAGUAUUAUGACGGGCGGCAAUUUGGGGGGCAAUGGGGCGUCUGGAGGUGUGUCUGGAAAUGGCGCAUAUUUAGGACAUUUCACCAAAUGAUACAAUUCUCAUUUAUUCCCUUCACAAACCAUUUACAAAGUUUAAAAGAAUGAAACUCAUUGUGUUCUCGCGAAAAAAAGAAAACAUCUCAUUGACUCAUAUCGACAUGAUAAUAAAAAGAAACACACCCCCACAUUCAAAAAAAAAAGAAUAAAGAAAAAUCAUUGACACUGUUCAUGCGAGAAGAUAAAGAAAAUUAAUGCAUGUAAAAGAGCAACGGAAAACGGAUUUUUGCUGUAUAGAACUUUGAAGAAGAAAAAAAAACAAAAGAAAUACCAAACAAGAAACUCUUGAGAACGUAAGAAUAGGUAUGAAGAGAUCUAACAAUUAACAUUUAUCGCCUUAAAAAUGAAAAUACCACAUCUGUUUUCCUUUCAUUUUCUAACGGGAUAUCACUAGAAAGAUGAAUAAAGAAUAAAUGGUAAAUUGAAGAUAGAGAUGAGAACUGCUUCGACAACAAAUAAUUACAAAGAAGAGAAAAAAAAUAAUAAUAAAAAAUAGAAGAAAACCGUGAAAAAGUCGAAAAGAGUUUAUUAAAAGAAGAAGAUAAAAAAAUGUAUAUUUUUGUGUGGCUAAAACAGUUCAAUGUCUUUUCGUUUAGCGUAAACGUACAUUUGGUUUUUGGUUUUGAUGGAUAAAACAAAACAAAAAAAAAUCGAGAGAAAAAUAUCUAAUGAGAGAAAAAGAGUAAAGCUUCUUCGUGCCUUAGAUAGAGAGAGAAUAUACAAAAUAUGGAGAAAAGAAAAAAAAAACAAACAGUUGCAAAAGAUACAAUAUUUUGUAGAAUAUUAAAAAAAAAGAACAAUCUAUUAAUUUCGCAAUGACUUUGUAGCAAUAUCCGAAUGAAAAAGAAAUAUCACGAUAUUUUGCUUAUUCAAUCAAACUCAUACAUUAAAAAGAAAAUUCCUUAAAUUUUUAAUUUGCCUUUAAUUUUUUACAAUGAAUACAACGGAGCAGUUACCAAUAUUUUUUUUUUUUUUGAAAAUAACAAAUUUAAAAGAAAAUAAUCUCUCUAUGGUAAUGAUUAAAAAUAUGAAUCACAAUUUAAGAAAAGAAAAAAAAACAUUCCUUUGUGACAAGACAUAUUAUUUCAAAAAUAAUAUUAAAAAAAGGAGAUCAAGAUAUAACUUUGUCGUUUGAUAAAGAUACAUUUGUACGCAUUAUGAUGCAAUUAAAGAAAAACAGCAAUUAUCCAUUUAUUUAAUGAACAAGUUGCUAAGAAGGGAAGAAAAAACCCCAAUAAAUAAUAUUCAUUCAUUUCAUUUUCCCAAAUAUUUUUUUUUCUUUUUCAUUUUGCAAAUUCCAUGAAAUUCUUGAAAUAAUAUCCCUAUUCUGAAAAAUACAAUAAAAUCAACUAGAAGAAAAUAUCACCCUAAAUCAUCAUUUAUUUGUCUCAAUUCUGCCAAUGAAGGUACAAAGUUAAUAGCCUGUAUUUUGGUAAUAAAAUUUAAAGAUUAAUUAAGCUGAAAGCAAGAUAUUAAAAUAAAACUAUCAAAUAUCUUUAUUAGUAAAAUAUUUGACAGUUUUAUAUAGAAAUAUUUUUUUUUAGAAGAUAAAAUUUUAUUUAGGAGAAAGAGCGCUACCUUCGGACAAAUCAAGCUUCGCACAACUCAUUUUUUUCUAUGUUCUAAAUAGGUCAAAUUCAUUAAAAACAUAUUUUAAAAAUAAAUGAGUUGUUUGAAGUUUGAGUCGACCGAAGGUGGUGCGCUUUCCCCUACGUUUUUUUUCUAUAAACAAAAUACAGGAAAACAAGAAAUUAAGAAUAGGUUUAGUAUUCAGUAAAUUAAGCUUGAAAGUAAAUCUGUUUAAUGGCGAUAUCUUUGAAAUACUUCAAACAAAUGUUGAAACUAGGUUUCACGAAGCCUCCCCCCCCCCAAGAACUAGAUACAGUAGACUCUCUCUCAAUUGGGCAUUUGAGGCAAAAGUUAUCCGGUUUAUCGAUAGAUUUGGGCACCAAAGCCUAUGUAAAUUCCACAAAAAGCGCUCAAUUGUAAAGAAUCACGAUAAAAUAGGAAGAACUACAGCGAAUUUGAGCAAAUUAGCUUCAUAAUUAAACGUGAUAAUUGUCAACAAAAUUUUUCGCCCGAUUGAGAAAGAGCCGAUUGAGCGAGAGUCUACUGUAAACAUCUUUUACCAAUUCUUCACUAUACUGGAUUUUUUUGGAUUAUUAUUAUGAAAGAAGUAGUAUUUCACAUUUUGCGUGAGCUCUACCCGACUUGAUAGGGGGAAACAUAAAGUUUCACUCAUAUAUGAUUUUAGGUCACGUCCUGUUCUUGAUACUGAGUCAACUGAAGCUAGUUUUUAUCCAUCGGCACAUUUGCUAUAUUACACUUCUACUUUCUAAUAUUUAUUUUUUUCUACUUUUGGUCUUUCAUUUUUUGUCUUCCACUAUUUAUUCUCUAUAGGGGAGACCGGGGCAGAUUAUACAGCAAGUGAUAUUUCUCAUUGCCUAUAAUUUGUAGAAAAAGUAUUUAGAUCAGGCUGAUAAAUAUUGCAAUGAAUAGGACGAGAGGUGUUUACUAAAUAGUGGUUUCCUCAAUAUUAUUUUUAAGGUACGCUGCAAUAUUCUAACAAGACUAUACGUGGCUAAUUCUGACCCGGUUUCCCCUACAAUUUUAUUGUCCUUCACUCGAGCUAGAACUUCACUGUCCCUCAUUAAGGGCGCCAAAAUAGAGCUCUAAUCAACCAAGAUAUUAUUAGGUACAAUAAACUGACCAGUCGCCGUGCCCGGGCCUGUUUUUGGGACCACCUCAACAUUAGUAAUAAUAUGCACAAAGAUGACACAUAAAAAGAGUGAAUUUCUAAACAAUUUUCUUCUGAGCAUUCCCAAACCCAAAUAUCGAACUCCUAAAUAUUCUUAUUUUGCGUCAAAAGGGAAAGGGGCGUAGCCUAUUUUUACAUUAAAAUGAUUUUUGACCCCGUUUUCAAAUGGUCGCAAAAUUAUUAAAAACUUCCAGUACAGUGAAGACAAUAAUGACGGAUCCAUUCAAUACUAUUCUAUCUCAGAAUGAUAACUUUUCAGGAGAACCAUUUGAAGUUGGCAAGUGCCUAUGUUGCCUGUGUACUUUUUUUUUCAAAAAAAAUUGAAUAUCUCGUCACGGGAGCACUGGAUGACCAAAUUUUCAUCAGUUGAAGAUCUCGGUCCCAUAAAAAACAUAUCUUUCGAAGUAAUGUAAUUCUAAGACAACAUUAAAAUAGUAUGGAAUGGAGCCGUCGUUAAUACUAAUGAGAUUGUAAAGAAUCUUAGCUAAUACUAAUAAUCCGGCGCAAAAUCCUAAGGGAAACUGGGGGCAGUAGUAGACAUGGGGUAGCACGAAACACUGAUAUUUAUGUUUACUAUUUGGACUUAUGCCUAAAGCACAAUAACUUGUGUUUGUAAACAUGUUUUGAAAAUUUUCUGUAGGGGUGAGCGAGAUGGCUAGGUAUAGAUCUCACUUAUUCUUAGUUAAAUGUCAAAAACAUGUUUACAAAACAAAAGUUAUUGUGCGUUGGGCAUUAUACCCAGCCCACAAUAACUUUUGUUUUGUAAACAUGUUUUUGACAUUUAAAUGAGAGUGAGUGAGAUCUAGAUCUAGUCAUCUCGCUCAUUCUCAUGCGAAACUUUGAAAUGCAAACUUAGAAUGCAAAUGAAGAGAGUGGAAAGACGCCAAUUUUAAGAAAUUCGUCGGGAUGUCGAAUUUUCCGUUCACCAUUUUGAGCAAAAAUUUUGCAUGACCUUCCGCGAAGCGAAAACUGAUCAACAAAAUGUAUUUCCAUCUCUGUCGGACUAUUUUUCCCAAGUAAUUGAAGGACCAAAGUAACUAAAAAUCUAUUCCCGACAGCAAUUCGGAUAGCAAUUGCCCAGAAAUAAAUCAUCUAAAAUCACCCAAUUUGCGUAUGAUGUAUAAUACCAUGGUAAAGAAUGGGUUGAAUUUCUUUAGGGGUUGAUCUAGAAGCGAUAAUGGCAUCGUGUAGAAACCAUUUUGUCGAAAGUGUUCUCGUUCAUAUAUUAUUAAAAAACAAACAUUUCAAAAUCGUUACAUUGUGUUUAAAAUCUAAGGGCAAAAUAUACGGCAGCGAUCUUUGAUUUACAAAAAUUAACAAAUAUUGUUAUAAACCUCGAUUUUUAGACAAUUUCAACACUUAAAACUUUAAGCAUUAUUGAAAAAAUGUAAAAUUUGUAGAAGCAAUAAAUCCCGCCAUAAGCAACAAAUGUUCUGGUUUGGCAAAAAUUCCCACUCUUUCGAGACAAUAGUCUCCCUUCCAGGACCAGAACCUCUGAAAGUGGCGAAGACGACUGAAAGUGGCCUUCAAAGUUGAAGCCAAUUUCUUACUUUCACAUACAAAUGCGUAUGAAAAUUUUUCCGCACUCGCGACCGUUACAUGAUAUAUGCCAAAAUUGAGGUGAGCCUUGUGUACAAGACUCUGAGCCUUGUAAAGAGGGAUAAAUAUACUAUAUUUCUGUCUAAAUGAUGUCUUGUUCUGAGAAGUGUAAGCUGAGUUUCUGAUCAAUUUCUGAGUUGGCUUCACACAGCUCCUUAUAAAAAAAAAGAAACACUACGCCGGGGGCUAGUGUAAAGCGAGUAUCAUAGGACUAUCAGUAACGAAUGGGCAUGUUAGUAGAAAAAGGGAGAACUCUCUCUUCUUGGCGGACCGUCAUGCAAUGCAGACAUUUUUUGGAUUAGCUUCUCUCGGAUAGUCUGAGGCCUAUUGCAUAGUUUUUCGUUUAUAAGCCGGUCCAUUCCCCAUUUAAAUAAAUUGUUAAUUCGCAUUGCCCCCACAAAUUCCAGGUUUAGUGGCAAAUUUUUAAAGUAUUUUUGUUGGCUAAGAACCUGAGGAGUAAACUAAGUACAGUACGAUUUCAAUAGAGUCAACACUUUUAAUUAUUAUAUAUCUGCAAUAACCUAAGUUAUUAAUUAUUCCAGUAACUAUUUCAUUCGUUAAAAAUUGUCUCAGGUUCAUACACUGAGAAAAAAAGAGGCUACGAUUAACUUUUUUUCGUCAUAACUUUAAUACUUUUCGGGUGUAAAAAUAUAUCAAAAUUUUUUAAUGUUAAUUUUACACCUUUUUGAGGGCAAAAUUAACAUGAGAAAGGGUAACUUUAACCCCUAAUACACCUACAAGGGGUAAUAUUUACAUCGAUUUCGAUUCAAUACUGUAGGGUAAAAUUAACAUUUCCGGAAUGUUAUUUUGACUUUUUCGGAUUUCUCUCAGUGUACUUAACAAAAUCAGCUUAAAAGUUUAACAUUAACCCCUUAAGAACGAUAGGGACACUAGCGUUCCAAAAAAAAUUUUCCUACGGCCUUCUAAAGUUAUGUUUUGCUCAAAGAAGUCGGAAAAAGUGAUUUUUAUUACCCCCAAUUUUUGACCCUCUCGUCCUUAAAGCUUAAACCUAGAAUUUUACAUGUUUUCUCGCGGUGUUUAAAAUUUUUAGGGGUUGACUCUAUCGGAGUAGUACUCUAACUACAACAACUAAUAACUUAGAAAACUGCAGGAAUGUAAGAAUGAAACAUGUUGAAAUGAAACUAUGGGAGUCGUACUACAAGAGUUAUAAAAGUUUUAAAGUAAAUUUAACUUCGUUGAUUUUUCCUUCAAAUCUUCAUGUUUCGAAGAACAUUAAACAGUUUUAUUUUUAGAACUUGAUUUUGGAAUUGCAAAUCUUGUUCAUAUUUUGAAUAUUUCAUUCUUUAAAAUAUUUUAGUCCCAGCGCUUUUCUGAUUGGCUGAAUCCUUAAAUUCUUUCAAGAUCCAACCAAUCAAAGAACAUGUACUAAAAACAAAUUAUGUGGGACUAUGAGGUAAGGCUUCAAACAAUUUUUUUUUACCUUUGUUGUCAGAAUUGAGGCAUCAUAACUUCAACAAAACUUUUUGUGAGGAGAAUAUAGAAGGAAAUGUGUGUUAUUAUCAGUUGAAAUGGAUAAUAGGUUUUGUGUCUGUUUAAUCGACUAUUCUGUUGAGAUUUAGCUGUGCAAGAAACAGUGGGUGGGUGAAAAUGCAAAUAUCAUAAUUUAGAAUCAUUAAUAAACAAAGAACACAAUCGUCUCAUUAACUUAUAAUAGGCAAACAAGUAACAAAAGAAAAAAAACCAACAAGAGAAACAAGAAGCAAUCUGUGACGUAAAUUAAAAGCAAAAACGAUAACUUCUAAACAAGAAACAAAAACAACCCUUGCAAAUCCUGAUUGACAAUUAUAGAAACAAAAAAAAUAAAAUUCAAAGUUAGAAUGUAUCUGAAGAGUGAGAAAAAUGUGGUAUAUUAAUUGGGCAAGUGAAGGGGGGAUGUUGCUAGGAAAACAAAAGUUCUUUAUUUAUCACACGGAUAAAAAAGGAGAGGAAGAGAAUUUUUAAGACGUAAAAUGAAAAUUAAAGACGAAUACCAGAUAAUUUUCAAAAGCAUAAUCCAAGAAUUUUAUUGUAAAAUAGAAAUCUUAAACCUCGAAGGAUUUUCUUUAAUUUUUUUUCAAAUUUCUUUUCCUAUAAUAGAAAAUAAAUAAAAUGCUCGCGCAUGUGAAAGUGACAAGACAAAAAAGAGAAAUGCGUUUUAAGAAAGGGAGUAAAAUUAAAAAAAAAGGAAAAAAAAUAGAAAUCACCGAUGAGAAUAAAAGACGACGUUGCAUUAAUGAAUGAGAGAUAUAGCAAAUGAUUAACCUUUGAUGAUUUAAAUAGAAAUUGCAAAAAGAUCGUUGCAAAAAGUGAAUAAAAAAUGAAAUCCAAUUUAAAUAGACUUUUACACGAGAUACAAAAAUCACGUGGAUGAGAAUAAAAAAAAAUUGCUAAAGAACAGCAAGUAACUGAAAGAACUGUGUUACAAAAAAAAGUGAAGAGUAAAAUACAAGGAGGGAGAAGUAUAAAAAAAAUGUAAAUGAUCAAGCUAACAUUGAUGACUUAUGGCGGUAAAAAAAAAACAGAGCAAAAGUUAUUGAAUGAUAUAAGAUGAAAAAGAACGCUAUUUGCUGUGGAAAUGCGAAAAGUUUGAUGAUGAGAGAGGAUGCGAAAGGAUAGAAUGUGAAUGUUGGCUUGAGAAAAAUGAGAAAAUUUUGUAUUUAACAUCCAAGAAGAAAAAGAAAAUAAAUUAUAUAAAACGCCA